AUGGGUGUGGAGAAGGAAGUAAUCAGACCCGGCACCGGUCCUAAACCCGCUCCGGGUCAAACCGUCACCGUCCAUUGCACCGGAUUUGGGAAAAAUGGUGAUCUAUCCCAGAAGUUCUGGAGUACAAAGGACGCUGGACAAAAACCUUUCUCCUUCCAAAUCGGUAAAGGUGCUGUGAUCAAAGGAUGGGACGAAGGUGUUAUCGGAAUGCAAAUCGGAGAAGUUGCUCGCUUAAGGUGCACACCGGAUUACGCAUAUGGUGCUGAUGGAUUUCCAUCAUGGGGGAUCCAACCAAACUCGGUUCUCGACUUUGAAAUCGAAGUACUAAGCCUGCAGUGA